CAACGUCUAUCUUUAAAUCAGACAUUGCCGUUGCAAAUGUGUGUUACUAUUGCCUAGAACGAUGCAUAGCAUUACUUCCAUGUGAACAGUGUAAUAGCGCGCUAUAUUGUUCGAAAGAAUGCCGUGCAAAAGCAUAUGAAGAAUACCAUAGAAUCCAAUGCAACUCUAAAAACNUUUCCAGAUGAUGUGCAAUUUGUAAUAAACUUGCUUAUGAAGAUUACAAAAAACGGUGAAAAACUUACAGAAGCCAUUAAAUAUUGCGAGAAGCUCGAUACUAUGAGUGCAGAUUCGAUAAAGGAAUUUUAUACGAAACGUGAUAAUUUGGAAAACAAUUUGAAAUCCGUCCUCAAUUUGAGUAUAUCGAUGAAGAAGAAUGACAAGAGAAAUGCAAAAUAUAUAUUCAAAUCAGCCCAUAUCGCUUUAUUCCUACGAAACCAGACCAAUUAUAUGCAGGGAUACAACGAUAUCUUAAGUGUUGCUAAAUUAUUAUUCCGAUUAUUCUACAUAUAUCAUAUACACGCCUUUGUGGAGGAUAUAUCGAUUGAUACAUAUAGUAGUGGAGUAUACUAUCUGUAUUUCUUGCUUAGUUUGUUUCAUCACUCUUGUUGUGCGAAUACAGUGCAUUCGAUACAUAAAAAUGGUGUGAUAGUUGUACGUGCAGCUAAGGACAUGAAACCAGGUGAACAGAUAACUUUUAAUUUUCUACGUACAAAUGACUCCGCAUAUUUCGCAAUCAACUUCGUACCACGACAAGUCAUCCUACAAGAACAGAAACAUAUCUUAUGCGAUUGCUCGACUUGUAAAUUACGUUAUAAUUCUGAGCUUGAUAGGAGAUUAAAAUCACCGGAAGUAUUAGAACGUCGCCUACGUAAAAAGCGAUUUCAUAUGGACCGCUCGUGGAGAAUUAACUACGAGCAAAGCCGAUCGUGUUUAGAAGCAGAACUCUUGAAAGCUGCUCUUCCAGAUAUCUAUUUGGGAAAGCGGGAAACUCUACUGGACGACCUAUGCCCAUUAAUUGGAAUUUCGUAAAUGAGUCUUGUUCCUGAUUAUCCUGAUGAUAGGAGGAUUCGAGCAGAAUGCGUAACAACCUUAAUCCUUCGUCUCUCUAACGUUCUCUUAAUGUUAUAAUAUUAAUUUUUUACUUCGUAUUAUAUUUUAGUGGCAAAUUUAACGUUACACAAGAAUUUUCAUUUCUACUCUUUUAUGCGAUAUUUAUCGUUGGUUGUUUAUUAUCUCUAUAUUUAUCCGUAUUAUUUCGCUUACAGUACUUUAUAAUUAUAUUAUAUUUUAUUAUAAUUAUAUACGUUACGAUAUUUCUUAUCCAUACAGUUAGUUUUAACAAAACAACAGUAAUAUAUGUAUAUAAUGUUAACUACAUAUUAACUUACAACAUUAUUUUUAAUAUAGUCUAAUCAAAGAUAUUAAUAUUGAUAAUUUCAUAUGUGCAACUUCUUCGUGUUAUAUUCAUCUUUCUCCCCCUGUAUUUGCAUUCCUACGAUAUAACAGAGUUAACCACUUAACACACACAUUUGUAACUAUUCUAACUAUUCGCACUUUAUGAUUCGCAAUGGUCAAAUGUAAAAUAUAUACGCCACUUACACAGUCAAAUUACUCAGGAACACAUUCAAGCCACCACCAUUACAAUACAAACUAACAGCAAUUACUUCUAGAUGUCAACAGUAUAUACACCAGCGCGGCACAAAAUGACAUUGCAAAAAUGGCAACAGUGUUUUCAAUCCUUAGGUGACAGAUACAUCGCAGUGAGAGACUUCGAUGCGAAGCACAUGCUAUGGGGCUCAAGAAUUUACACACCUCGAGAUAGGACACUAGAAAGAUACAUUAGAACUAGUAAUCUCAACAUAUCCACAGGAAGACCAACAUACUGGCCGACAAAUCUAAACAAAAUUCCUGACUUGUUUGAUUUUGCAGUUAUAGAAGGCCUAAAAGCAAAGAAAUUAAAAAUAACAACCAGUCUUGAGCUUAGGUCCAAUCAUACAUUAAUAAUAAUAAAAUACACAAGCAAACCAAUACUUUAUCGCAAAUCACAGUCGCUUUGCAAUAAAAGCAUCAAAUGGAAAACAUUUAGAGAACUAAUCGAGAGCAAAAUCAACUGCAACAUUCCACUAAAAACACCCGGAGAUAUCGAACAGGUGGUAACAACAUUGAUAGAAAUUAUACAAGAAGCAGUAUGAGCAACUACUAAUGAUGAACCAAACAACAGGCAAACAAAAAUAAUUCCAACAGGCAUCCUUGACAAAAUCGGAGAAAAAAGGGGAACGAAAGCAAAAUGGCAAAAACAUAGAACACGCGAAAGCAAAAGACGUCUAAACAAAAAAAAAGAUCAUAAUAAUAACGAAUUCUCAAAAUUCAUAGAAACAUUUUCUACGCACUAGAAUGCCAAUUACUCUCUAUGGAAAGUCACGAACAAACUAAAGAAGCCAAUGAAAUUAAUCCCAUCAAUCGGAAGAGCAGACAACACAUUGGCCAGAAACAAGGAAGAGAUCAGAAGAUGCGCAAAAUACCAGUACUCCAACUAACAAACACUACACCAUACCUAAUACAACAGCACAAGAAAUUAGAAUCAUAAUGGAGAAAGAAAAAAACAAUGGAAAAGCACCAGGAAUCAAACUAAUCAAUGAUAAAAUCUUGAAAAACCUUUCCCUCAAAAGCAAUACGUUUGAUCACGAUAAUAUUCUAUGUAAUUUUAAGAAUCCAAUAUUUUUCUAAUCUAUGGAAGCUAGCACAGAUGAUAAUGUUACCUAAGCCAGGCAAACACCCACACCACACUGCAUCUUACAGACCAAUAUCACUACUUUCUGUGUUUUCCAAAAUACUAGAGAAAAUAAUAUACGAUCGCCAAAAACCAACAAAGUUAGAAAAAUUUA